CACCCCACCCUCCCUGACCCCGUGGGAUUAGCCACUCAGUCUGCACUAAAGCUGCCCGGUGACCAGGAGUUGGGAAGCAGGUCCAGGCUGACAUUGCCUCCCAGAUGGCCUCCAGGUUGACCCCGCUGACCCUCCUGCUGCUGCUGCUGCUGGCUGGGGAUAGAGCCUCCUCAAAUCCUAAUGGUACCAGCCUCAGCCUCACGGAUUCAAAGAACCAGAUGGAUGAAAUCAACGAAAACAGCUCAGAGAAGGUGGAUGAAAUCAACGAAAACAGCUCAGAGAAAGAGAUCCCCGAGAUUCAAUCCAUUCAGCCCACCAUGGGCCCUUCCACCAUGCCAACAACCAACUCAACUAUCCUAAGAGCCAAUAGCACUCGGCCCCCCACCUCCCAGCCCUGCUUCCAGUCAACCACUCAACCUAUCGACCCAACUACCCUGCCCACUACUGGGCCGCCCUGCCCAGAGCCCGAGACUUACUGCCCUGACUUGGAGAAUCCUUCAGCAGAGACCAUAUUGGGGGAGGCUUUGAUGGAUUUCUCCGUGAAGCUCUACCACGCCUUCUCGUCAGUGAAGAAGGCCGAGACCAAUAUGAUCUUCUCGCCUUUCAGCAUCGCCAGCCUGCUCACUCAGGUCCUGCUUGGGGCCGGGAACAGCACCAAGGAAAACCUGAAGACCGUCCUCUCCUACCCUGAGGACUUUAGCUGUGUCCACCAGGCCCUGAAGGCCUUCACAUCCAAAGGCUUCACUUCAGUCUCUCAGAUCUUCCACAGCCCAGACCUGGUUAUAAGGGACGCCUUUAUGAACGCCUCUCAGUACCUGUAUGGCAGCCCCAGAACCCUGGGAAAUGACAGUGAUGCCAACUUGGAGCUCAUCAACACCUGGGUGGCGGAGAACACCAACCACAAGAUCAACUCUCUUCUAGACAGCCUGCCCUCUGACACCCGCCUUGUCCUCCUCAAUGCUAUCUAUCUAAGUGCCAAGUGGAAGACACCAUUUGAUCACAAAAAAACCAGGAGGGAGCCCUUUUACUUGAAAUCCUCAACGAUAAAAGUGCCCAUGAUGACCAGCAAGAAGUACCCGGUGGCCCAUUUCACUGACCCUAUGUUGAAGGCCAAGGUGGGGCAACUGCAGCUCUCCCACAACCUGAGCAUGGUGAUCAUGGUACCCCAGAACAUGAAACACAGUCUCCAAGACAUGGAGCAGGCUCUCAACCCCUCUGUCUUAAAGGCCAUCAUGAAGAAGCUGGAGAUGAUCAAGUUCCAGCCCACUCUCCUGAUGCUGCCCCGAUUCAAACUCAAGAGCAACCAGGACAUGUUGUUAAUCAUGGAGAAACUGGAAUUCUUUGACUUUGCUUAUGAUCUCAACCUGUGCGGGCUGACAGAGGACCCGGACCUCCAGGUUUCUGCGAUGAAACACCAGGCGGCGCUGGAGCUGAUGGAGAGUGGGGUGGAGGCGGUUGCAGCCUCCUCCAUCUCUGUGGCCCGCAGUCUAAUGCUCUUUGAAGUGCAGCAGCCCUUCCUCUUCCUGCUCUGGGACCGGCAGCACAGGUUCCCUAUCUUCAUGGGGCGGGUGUACGACCCCACGGCCUGAGACCUGCAGGGGCCAGGCUAGGGCAAUCCCUACCCUCAAGCCUCUGCUUGCCCAGUUGCAGCUCUCCCUGCUGCUGCCCGCCUGAAAACCACAUUUUGCAGCUUUCUCUGGUUCAAGUUCACUAGACUCUACAAAUAAAACCUGGCAGAUCCUGA